AAACAUGCUCCUUUAGAAUUUCCUGGAAACAGCUGCAGUAUUUUGACUUUCUUGCAAUACGCAACGAAUUCGCACGGUGUCAGUGUGUUGGCAAAAGACAGACUGUAUCUUGUCGUCAUUGCAUUAGGGUUCCACCUUUUUAUUAUCUUCGCAGUUCCCUACAGACAGAAUAAGUCGAAUGGGUGCAGCGAUCGUUUUACAAAUUGUCCGGAUUUGUUACGUCUUUUGAAAUAAGCAUCUCAUUGGUAUGUGCGUGUUGGACUCUUUUCUUAUGACACUGUGACUGACACCGCGAAGGAUUGAUUAGUUUUGUUUUAAUGAUGGGACAAAGUGGAUGCGAACGAACGUGGAUGAAAGGACGGAGGGUUGUGUGCUUGAUCGCUAUGCUUCUGUGCGGUGUGGCAUCGGCUCAAUUAAGAUAUUCCAUUUCUGAGGAAGUUGAAGAAGGAACUGUGGUUGGAAAUAUAGCAAAAGAUUUGGGAUUAGAGAAAAGCACACUAAAAGGCAGGAAAUACCGGAUUGUAACCAGUGCCACAGAUCCUCUUUUUAAUGUGGAUCAAAACGACGGGAUCCUGUACACGAGGAGAAAAAUCGACCGGGAAGAGGUUUGCGAGCGGAGCAGUACUUGUACAAUAAAUCUCAAAACGGUGCUAGAAAACCCACUGGAAGUCCAUUAUGUUGCUAUAGAAGUGGUGGAUUUAAAUGAUCAUUCUCCCACAUUCCCUGAAAAAGAGACAAAACUGGAGAUUUUUGAGUCUGUGCUACCAGGCGUGCGAAUCCCGCUGCAACCCGCACGAGAUCCAGACAGUGGCCCCUUCUCUCUUCAGCAGUAUAAACUUAGCUCUAAUGACCACUUUCGUUUGGAGGUUAAAGACUCAGGAGACGACGGUAAAAUACCUGUACUGAUUGUUCAAAAAUCUUUAGACAGAGAGACUGCAGGAAGCCACACGCUCAUACUAACGGCCAUGGACGGGGGUAAACCUCCGAAAUCGGGUACUAUGAAUGUUCUAGUCAGUGUUUUAGAUGUAAAUGAUAAUGGCCCCGUCUUCUCUAAAGAUGCUUACACAGUGACGCUUCAUGAAAAUGCUCGGGUAAAUACAACAGUCAUUCAGGUAAACGCAACAGAUUUAGAUGAUGGACCCAACGGGGAUGUGGUUUAUUCAUUUAGCAAUGGCGUGAAUCGUAAAUUCUUUAAGCUUUUUGAUAUUAAUCAGAAAACAGGUGAGAUCAUUGUAAAAGGUUUAAUAGACUACGAAGAGAGAGACAGAUACGAAAUUGAAAUUCAGGCAUCAGACAAAGGCCUGCCUCCAAUGGCUACACAAAAAAGCGUGAUUAUUAAGAUAGUUGAUGUGAAUGAUAACGCACCUGAUAUUGAGGUUACCUCAUUUUCCAGCUCUAUCCCAGAAGAUUCCAGACCUGGAACUACAGUAGCUCUUAUCAGUGUAAAUGAUUUGGACUCUGGGGUCAAUGGAAAGGUUAUUUGUAGUGUAAUUGGUGAUGUCCCUUUUAUUUUAUCACCAUCUUUACAGGAUAACAUGUAUUCAUUAGUAACCAAGACCCCUCUAGACAGAGAGAAACAGUCACAAUAUAUAAUAACAGUAGUUGCAAAAGACGCUGGCCAACCAUCGUUAUCAUCUGAAAACACAAUAAGUGUUACGGUGUCAGAUGUGAAUGACAACCGUCCAGAGUUUUCAUUCAGCCCAUAUACUUUCUAUGUUACUGAGGGGAAUAAUCCAGGAGCUUCAGUGUUUUCUGUUAAAGCCUCUGAUCGUGAUGAGAAUGACAAUGCGCGCAUUUCCUAUCAUAUUAUCAGAGAUGGAGUCGAAGAUAAUAAAGUCACUUCAUUUCUAAACAUAAACGCUAAUAAUGGCGAAAUUUUAACGCUGAAAAGUUUUGACUUUGAAACGCUGAAAACUUUCCAGUUCCAAGUUGUUGCCUCAGAUUCUGGAACUCCGCCACUAAGCAACAACGUCACAGUCAACGUCUUCAUCCUGGAUCAGAACGACAACGCUCCAGUCAUCCUGUAUCCACUCACCUCCAACGGCUCUGCUCAAGGUGUGGAGGAGAUUCCCCGAAACGUCAACGCAGGACACUUGGUGACUAAAGUCAGAGCCUAUGACGCUGAUAUAGGAUAUAACGGCUGGUUGCUCUUUUCACUGCAGGAAGUGACUGACCACAGUCUCUUUGCUUUGGAUCGCUAUACAGGACAGAUCAGAACACUUCGCUCAUUCACAGAGACAGACGGGGCUGAGCAUAAACUGGUAAUACUGGUCAAAGACAAUGGCAACGUUUCUCUCUCAGCAACAGCUACUGUGAUUGUCAAACUUGUGGAGCCCAAAGAGGCUUUUGCAGCGUCAGAUGUUAAAAGUGCAGCAAAGUAUGAGGACAGUAACGUCAUAUUUUACCUCAUGAUAACUUUGGGCGCAGUUUCUGUACUUUUUCUCGUCAGCAUCAUCGUGCUGAUUGCGAUGCAGUGCUCCAAAUCCACAGACUAUACUUCUAAAUAUUUGCCAGAGACUAAUUAUGACGGGACACUGUGUCACAGCAUCCAGUACAGAUCAGGAGAGAAGCGGUACAUGCUAGUUGGACCCAGAAUGAGUAUAGGAUCUACCAUAGUCCCGGGUAGCCAUGCAAAUACUCUUGUGCUUCCUGAUAGGAGACGCACAUCUGAAGAGAGAUAAGAACAGAUGCUGGUCUGUGCUGCUCUUGUUUGGCAUCAGUGCUCAUACAGCCAGAACAUCUGCUGCUGUGCUUAGGUCAUCAUGCCAUGCCCGGAGGUCAGGGCAAGGAUACACACAAGACAGCCAGUCAUUAAGCAGAAAACUAGUAAAGACACAUAUGGCUUAAAAUCCACUUUUAAUUUAUCGUGUACCAAAACCUAAAAACAGCAUAAUGAAGUGUCCUGAGAUCUAGAUUUAGGAAAUAAGAAUUUAUGGAAUUGUGAGAGAAAGCAUGAAUGAGUGAGGGAAAUUCAGAGUCUGUUGUUUAGAUGCUGGGUAUAGCCUUGCUAAGAGGAUUGCCUUCUUAUCCUUGCACUGCUCACUGUGGGGUAAAUGGGGUAAAUGAGGUAUACGGUCACAAAUGACAUAUACUUGUCUAAUUAAUACCGUAUUUGUUGCCACACAUGGAUGGAAUCAAAUCUUGGCCAUUAGAGGGAUUGAGUCUGUAGCUGCAGGGUUCCUCUUCCCCCGUGUGGCUAUUUGGCCUGCCUAGUUCCCCUACUAAACAUCUUGAGUAAAGUCAGUGCCUUGUUUAUUCUUAUCUUUCUGAAUGUUCCAGCCCAGCUUUCAAUGUGCAAAUGUUUUAUUCAAUGCAACCAAAACGCAACACUUUUUUUCCUGCAAUGUAGAUCUGGCAAUGCUCUGUGUUGCAUGUCACACCCCUCUUUCACUCUUAAUGUUCUCAAUCUAAUUUGUCUUAAAUAAAAGUUCUACAUUGUUUAAUACAACACAAACCACACAUUAUCCCGUUAAAAUAGGUCUUAUUAGUUAUAUUAUUAAAACUUUUUUUGUGUGUUUAUUUAUGAUCAUAUGACUGAUAUGGUCAUGCAGACACAGUAAGAAAGCCCAUUUUAACAGUGAUUAAAGCUACAGUGUAAAAAAGUCUCCUUGUAUUCGCUGUGUUUUUAAAAUGGGCAUUCAGCUCCUCCAGGUCAUUUUUCUUAGUGUGUGAUGCAGUGAGUUUUUCUGUUCAGGACGUGAGUCAUCUCAUCCCACAUGUAGCUUUUCAUUUUGCGAAGUAGGUCUGCUGGGUUUAUUUCAGGAGGAACCAUCUGUCAUAAAAAAUGAAUCAGGAACGUGGGCAUUUAGGGUUGGUGCUAGUAUUAUUUUAACAAAGAAAGAUGAUAGGCUAUGUCAUUCCCUGUAGUCACACAGACACACAGACAGGCAUACACACACACAGCAGGCUGUGUUUUUGUGUUUACAUGUCUGUUCAUUCCUAGACCUUUCUCUGUGUUUUCUCUGUGUUUCCCGCCAUCCAAUCUAGUAGUGUAUGAAUAAAACAAUAAGACACGGGUGUGGAAGAUCCGUGAUGAUGCUGUGGCUCAUACCACACACUCUCCUCCCACUAACUGCCCCCCCACACCCCACCCCCUCUUUGUUCUCUUCAUUACUACCCCAUUUUUCUCAGCCUCAUAUGCUUUCCUUCUUAUCUUCAUCUCUCCCUCAGUUCCUUGCCAUUUCUAACUCAAUUCUUAAAUCAGUGUAUUUGUCUUCAUAUCUCUUCAUUUCAUUUCUUAAACAAAGAAUCUCUUCUCCUCCUCCUACGCAUUCUGAUUUCUUUUUGCUGAUAUUCUUUCUUAUGCCCUCUCCUGUCGCUUUGUGCAACUGCAGGCUCACAGAAAAUGGCUGACACAUUUUGUAAGCUUGUUUACUCUUUCUUUUGUUAUCCCCCAGUUCUCUUUUUUUUGCUCAGCCUGGUGUUGUUUUUGGUUUGACUUGGUUGCUAACUGCUAUUACAAAGCUUAGUUGAAGCUAUACAAUCCUUCCUUGCCACUGAAAACAUUGGUGGCCUCUUUUCUCAACUCUACCUCCUCUUUCUCUAUAAACUGGAGCUAUGAGCUGAGUUUGUUAGAAAACCUUUUUCUCUCUCUUAGUUAUGGCUUUAGUAGGGACACGUGAAGCAUAGCCAAGUCUGGUGUUGCUUUUCAAAGCCAGGUCCUAGAGGAAAAAUAAUAAUAAUUUUCCCCUUCAUAUGAAUCCAAAGUAACAAUUUUUCAGCUUGUUGCUGUUGACUUAAGUUAAAUACUUUUUAUACAGGAGGAUGAAAGAUGGGAUUACAUUAACAAUGUUGUUAGAAUUUGGAGUUGCUAUUUUUAUGUGGCUAUUUGCUGUGGAAUUGAAGUAGCAUGUUUUCCAAGUGAAAUAUCCUGCUUGUUAAACAUAAUAUAUAACGAAAGAUAAGAAAAUUAAAUAACCCAAGUUUGUUUCUCUCUCUGCAGUUAU